GCUGGUAUAUUGCAAUACGGUCACACAACAGCCGCAACAAAAUAAAGGAGGAAAAAAAGGCAAAUUGGGUGGAAAACUGGAUUUCGUCGGGCGGAAAAUUUGCUUUAGAGCUCUUUAAGCAGCUUUUGGAGUGCAAAUAAUGAAAUAUAUUGAAAAAACAGUGAGCGCAAGUUUGUAGCAAGGAUUUGGGAAGGAAACUUGUUUCUCGGUGUCUGUGUGUGCAGUGCUUGUGCCUGUGUGCGUGAGAAGGAGGCGGAGAGUCGGAAGACAGGAGAGUUUUUCGCAGGGGAAUUACGCCAACUUUGUGGGAGUUCAAGUCUCUCUGUGUUGGGUGUGUGUGUGUGUGUGCAACACCCCCAAGCCAACGCACACAAAGCUAGCUAACCGUCGUUUGUUUUGUGCUUACAUUCGCGUGCCGCCUUUGUUUGGUUUUCUUUCCCCUCGCUUUUGGAUAGUGAUUCUCCUUGUUUUCAUCGGCCGGCUUUGAGUACGGAUUCGCCUGCUCCCAUCCCGACUCCAGUGCCGAUCCGAUCGCCCUUGCGGGUUCGCAUCCGGAUCCAGUAACAACGCCGCCGUGGAUGCCCAUGCUCGCACCCUGGGCCUCGCCCAGGACUUUGGCAUGGGCGGCGGCCCCCCGGGGGCGGGUCCGCCUGCCCACAUGUACGGCGCCGUAGCCCCGCAGGACAUAAUUGUCCGGGACAUGGUGCAAAUGCCGCCGCCGCCGCCUUCAAAUGCUCCCACAUCGGCGGACGCCUGCCUGAGCAUCGUCCACUCACUGAUGUGCCAUCGGCAGGGCGGCGAAAGCGAGGGAUUCGCCAAGCGGGCAAUUGAGUCGCUGGUCAAAAAGCUCAAGGAGAAGCGAGACGAACUGGACUCACUGAUCACGGCAAUCACCACGAAUGGAGCCCAUCCCAGCAAGUGCGUGACCAUCCAGCGCACCCUUGACGGUCGACUUCAGGUCGCCGGUCGGAAAGGCUUUCCGCAUGUGAUAUACGCCCGGAUUUGGCGUUGGCCGGACCUGCACAAGAAUGAGCUCAAGCACGUUAAGUAUUGCGCCUUCGCCUUCGAUCUGAAGUGCGACUCGGUGUGCGUAAACCCCUACCAUUACGAGCGCGUCGUCUCCCCGGGCAUCGAUCUGUCCGGGUUGAGCCUGCAGUCAGGGCCCAGUCGCCUGGUGAAGGACGAAUACUCAGCCGGUCCACUAGUGGGCGGCAUGGACAUAGAUGGCAACGACAUCGGCACAAUACAGCACCAUCCCACGCAAAUGGUGGGCCCAGGCGGCUACGGAUAUCCACAGGGACCCACAGAAUAUGUUGGCGUAGACGCCAAUUCCAUGAGUGCAAUGUUUUCCACCGGGCGCACAAUACCAAAAAUCGAGCCACAGGAUGGUGUUGCUGGGCCACGUAGCUCCUGGAUGGUGCCACCUCCCCCGCGGCUUGGUCAGCCCCCGCAGCAGCAGCAGCAACAGCAGCAGGCGCAGCAGCAGCAACCCCCGCAGCCCUCUCAGCAGCAGCAACAGCAGCAGCAGCAGCCCCCGCCCCAAGCAGCAGCUCAUCCGCUUUCUGUACCUCAUGGUAUGCCGGGCAUGCCUGGCCCCAUGAACCCCGGUCCCGUGAUGGCGCCCCCGCCACCGCCGCAGCAGGCUCAGAAUCCACAGGGCAAUGGGGUGCUCCACGCCCAGGCCAAUUCACCCAACGAUCCCGCCUCCGCACUGGCCAUGCAGCAGCAACAGCAGCAGCAGCAACAACAGCAGCAGCAGGCGGGUGGCGUGCCCAAUGGAGCUGUCAACACCAGCAGUGGAUCCGCCACCGGGGGGCAGUACUAUGGACAGCCACCGCCGGGCAGUCAGAUGCAGGGCGCCAGCGGCGGCGGCUCCUCGGUCCCCCCGACCGUCCACGCCCAGCAGAAUGGCUACGUGUCGCAGGCGGGAUCCGCGGGCACAGCUUCCGUCGGCGGAGGAGGUGUCUUUGGCAACGCACCGCCCACAGCGCAGCAGCAGCAACAACCACCGAGCGGAGUGCAGGCCAAUGCCGGAUCUGCUGGGGCUCAGGCCGGCGGAGGAGGUGGCGCUGCUGGCACCUGGACAGGACCCAACACUCUCACCUACACGCAGUCUAUGCAGCCACCCGAUCCCCGCUCUUUGCCAGGAGGUUUCUGGAACUCAUCACUGCCGGGUGACCUGGGCUCGCCGCAACAGACGCCUCCGCAGCAGCAGCAACAACAGCAGCAGCCACGCCUCCUGUCGCGCCAACCGCCGCCGGAGUACUGGUGCUCCAUCGCCUACUUCGAGCUGGAUACGCAGGUGGGCGAGACCUUCAAGGUGCCCUCGGCGAAACCGAACGUUAUUAUCGAUGGCUAUGUGGACCCGUCGGGGGGCAAUCGAUUCUGUCUGGGCGCACUUAGUAAUGUUCAUCGCACCGAGCAAUCGGAGCGGGCCAGGCUUCACAUCGGCAAAGGCGUUCAGUUGGAUCUGCGGGGAGAAGGAGACGUCUGGCUGCGCUGCCUCAGCGAUAACUCUGUGUUCGUACAAAGCUAUUACCUAGAUCGCGAGGCGGGACGCACUCCUGGCGAUGCGGUGCACAAGAUCUACCCGGCGGCGUGCAUCAAGGUUUUUGACCUGCGCCAGUGCCACCAGCAGAUGCAUUCGCUGGCCACCAAUGCGCAGGCAGCGGCCGCAGCACAGGCGGCAGCCGUGGCCGGAGUGGCCAAUCAGCAGAUGGGCGGCGGCGGCGGCAGAAGCAUGACUGCGGCGGCUGGCAUCGGCGUAGACGACCUGCGUCGGCUGUGCAUCCUGCGACUGAGCUUCGUCAAGGGCUGGGGACCUGACUACCCGCGCCAGUCGAUCAAGGAGACGCCUUGCUGGAUUGAGGUGCAUUUGCAUCGCGCCCUCCAGCUGCUGGACGAAGUGCUCCACGCCAUGCCCAUCGAUGGCCCUCGUGCCUCCGCCUAAUCCGUAUUUAUAUAGUCGGCCCACAUCUACGUUAAGGACUCAGAGCAGAAGCUACCCGGCAGCUAUUGGCGGUUUUCGUUUUUUCAUUUGCUAUUCGGAUUAAGAUUAUUUUUGCCUUUGAUUAUUUAAUAAUGAUUUUUAUAAAAAAUUGAAACAAGUUAGCAGUCUUAAGUAUGUUGCUGUAAAGCACUAAGCAUCUAGUUUUAUGUACUAUAUUUAAAUACAUACACGCAACACCAGAGAUAGUUGACAAGCGGCAAGUUUUCGUUGCCCGUUUCCUGCCACGCCAAUCACGACAAGAAGCAUACACAAAAUUACAAUCAUCCAAGCCGCAAGGCGAAACAAAACAAACAUCAAUGCACCCAUAUAUACAUAAAUAAAAAAACUUGAUGUAAAAUGCAGCAAUUAAGGCAAGCAAAACAAGUAGUUGUAAAGUAACUAUAAUAAACAAAGCAAAAGCUUA